GGGAGGCAUUUUUGGAAAGAGGCCCACUAUUAAAGGCAGGGGGUGUUGAGACAGACAGCAGACUGUUUGGGAGCAAAGAGUCACACAAUUUGAAGAGAGGAGAUUGAUCAGGAUGCCAGAGCCAGUCAAAAAACCAAUUUCAGCAUUUGCCAGGAAACCAAAGACUCAGGAGGCAGAAGAGGGGUCCUCUGUGAUCUUUGAGGCAGAGACCGAAAAGCCAGACGCUAAAGUAAAAUGGCAGUGCAACUCAAAGGACAUUGCCAGCGACAGCAAAUACAUUAUUGCAGCCGACGGGAACAAGCACUCGCUCACUAUAAAAGUUAUUACCAAAGAAGACGCCAGUGUCUACGCAGUGAUCGCUGGGGGCUCAAAGGUCAAAUUUGAAUUGAAGGUGGUGUCUCAACCAGCUGAGGCCCCUGCUGAUGGAAAACCAGAACAAGCCCCUUCUCAGCCUGCAGUAGCCCCAGUACAAGAAGAAACCCCUGCCCCAGCACAAGCUGAGGAUGCACAUCCUCCAGACACCAGACAGGACCUGACUGGACUCUUCACAGAGAAACCUCAGGGUGGAGAAGUCACUGUAGGUGAAAACAUCACUUUUGUGGCUAAAGUGAACGCUGAGUCGCUGCUGAAGAAACCCACGGUCAAAUGGUUCAAAGGGAAGUGGAUGGACCUUGCCAGCAAGUCUGGAAAACACCUGCAACUGAAGGAGACAUAUGACCGCAACACCAAGGUCUACACAUUUGAGAUGCACAUCAUUGCUGCCAAGGCUAACUUUGCUGGAGGUUAUAGAUGUGAGGUUUCAUCCAAGGAUAAGUUUGACAGCUGCAACUUUGACCUCACUGUUCAUGAGGCUCGUGCUCCAGAGGGCCUGGAUAUAAGAGCAGCUUUCAGACGCACGAGUGAAGGCGGUAAGAAGAGAAGUGGACCAGGAGCAAGUAGCACAGACGGAAAUGAUGACUCAGGAGAGCUGGACUUCAGUACUCUAUUAAAAAAGAGAGACAGUUUCUUAAAACCCUCAAAUCGAACCGUGCAGGUGCACACAGAGACCGAUGUGGAUGUGUGGAACAUCCUCAGCCAGGCUCCUCCUACUGAAUAUGAAAAGAUUGCUUUUCAGUACGGAAUCACCGACCUGAGGGGCAUGCUCAAGAGGCUGAAGAAGAUGAAGAAAGAUGAAAAGAAAAGUGAAGCUUUCCUCAAAAAGCUGGAUCCUGCCUACCAAGUGUCAAAGGGCCACAAAAUAAAACUGGCUGUUGAGGUUGCCAAUUCAGAUAUUGAGGUGAAGUGGCUGAAAAACGGGCAAGAAAUUCAACCAACUGGAAGCAAGUACAUAUUUGAGAGUGUUGGCAACAUGCGGUACCUCACCAUCAACCACUGCUCCCUGGCAGAUGAUGCAGCGUAUUCCUGUAAAGUGGGAGAUGAGAAGUGCACCACUGAGCUCUUUGUUAAAGAGCCUCCUGUCCUGGUAGUGAAAAAUCUGGAGGAUCAGAUGGUCAUGAAGGGUGAGCGGGUGGAGUUAGAGUGUGAAGUCUCAGAGGAAGGAGCAAAUGUUAAAUGGGAGAAAGAUGGUGUGGAGCUGACAAGAGACGAAUCUUUCAAGUAUCGCUUCAAGAAAGACGGCUGCAAGCAUGUGCUGAUCAUUAACGAGGCCACCAAAGAAGACUGUGGCCACUACAAGGUUAAAACAAACGGUGGCGAAUCUGUGGCAGAAGUCCUGGUGCAGGAGAAAGAGCUGGAAGUCUACCAGAGCAUCGCAGACCUCACAGUGAAGGCAAAAGAUCAGGCGGUUUUCAAGUGCGAGGUGUCAGAUGAGAACGUGAGGGGAACCUGGUACAAGAAUGGCGUCGAAGUCAAGCCUGAUGCCAGAGUGAACAUCACGCAUAUUGGCAGGAUCCACAAACUGACCAUUGAUGACGUCAAACCGGAGGAUGAGGGGGACUACACAUUUGUGCCAGAUGGCUAUGCUUUCAACCUCUCUGCUAAACUAAAUUUCUUGGAGGUGAAGAUUGAUUAUGUGCCACGCCAAGAUCCUCCUAAGAUCCACUUAGACUGUAUGGGUCGCACCGCCGAGUCAACCAUUGUGGUGGUGGCUGGCAACAAACUACGUCUGGACGUCCCCAUCACUGGAGACCCAGCUCCAACAGUGAUCUGGACCAAAGGAGAAAAGGCUAGUUCUGUAAAACCCGGUGGAGAUGACAAAGGAGGGCAUACAACCUCUUGGACCACGAAGGAUGGGGAAGUCGUCACAGAGGGAGAUGGUAGGGUCCAUGUGGAAACCACCAAGGGCCACUGCGUCUUCACUAUUGAGUGUGCUGAAAGGCAGGAUGAGGGAAUCUACUCUGUUGUGGUUCGAAACCCUGCUGGGGAAGAUACAGCAGAUAUCCACGUGAAAGUUGUCGAUGUUCCUGAUCCUCCCAUGGCUCCCACAAUCCUCAGUGUGGGUGAAGAUUCCUGUGUCGUUCAGUGGGAACCCCCUCUGUUGGACGGUGGCCAGCCAAUAAUUGGGUAUGUGCUGGAGAGAAAGAAGCUGAAGAGCUACAGGUGGAUGAGACUCAACUUUGACCCCUACCCUGAAACCACCUAUGAAGCCAAGCGUAUGAUAGAAGGUGUGCCGUAUGAGAUGCGAGUCUAUGCUGUGAACAGCAUUGGUAUGUCUCGUCACAGUCCAGCCUCUCAGCCAUUUGUGCCAAUCGCUCCUACAAGCGAGCCCCUUGGACUGUGCGUCGACGACGUCAGUGACACUUCUAUCACGUUGAAGUGGCGGCGGCCUGAGAGAAUUGGCUCAGCUGACCUUGAGGGCUAUGGGAUUGAGUACUGCAAGGAGGGCACUGAUGAAUGGAUACCAGCAAUGGAGGGUCUGACAGAGAGGACGUCGACGGUGAUCAAAGGCCUCACCACCGGAGACAAGCUGCAGUUCCGUGUGCGAGCCUACAACAUGGCGGGACCAAGUGCUCCCGCCACUCUGGCUCAGCCCAUCACCAUCAGAGAGAUUAUGCAACGCCCUAAAAUUUGGCUUCCAAGAAAUCUCCGUCAGACUCUUAUCAAGAAAGUUGGAGACACCAUGAACAUCGUGAUUCCAUUUCAGGGGAAACCCAGGCCAAAAGUCACAUGGAGCAAAGAUGGGGAGCCCCUAGAUCCCACAAUAGCUAGUGUUAGGAACAGUGAAGUUGACACGAUAUUCUUCAUCCGCAAAACAGAGAGAAAACAUUCUGGGAAGUAUGAGCUCCAGGUGCAGAUUGAAAACGUGGAGGACAAAGCAGCAGUAACACUGCAGGUCGUUGACCUUCCAGGCCCUCCUGAGGCUCUAAAGAUUGUUGAUACCUGGGGUUUUAAUGUGGCGCUUGAGUGGAAGCCUCCAAAGGACAACGGAAACUGUGAAAUAACCGGUUACACCAUUCAGAAAGCCGACAAAAAGACUAUGGUGAGACUGUGCUAGAAAGCUUUUUGGAGUCCAGCUGGAUCCAAACACUAGUUCUCGCUUUUGCUUUUAGCAUGUUUUUCCAUGCUUUUCCACCCAAUAAUGAGCAGCUCAAUUCAAUAAAAGCAGAGAUUAAUUUAAUGUUUUAAUUUACCUAAUACUUUCCUGUCCCUUUUUCCACCUUUCAGUACCAAAAGUUACAUAGAGCAGACGUUCAGGUUAGGAAAAUCCUGGUGGACAGAAUCUAUUGGAAGCACUUUUGCUCCACUUUCUUGUGGUACCAUGCCUGUUCCAACUUUAUGGUACCUGUGCCAGUAAUAGAAAUUUGUGCAAUAUGUUCCACAUGGGGAACCUUUGGUAAUUUUUGUUGCUAGUGCGUUUCUCCAGUGGUCAGGUUAGGUAGAAGAGAUAAUAACACUGAAAUCUAAAUUUCUUUCUCCCUGGCCCAACCGUCUGUGGUCCUGGAUGAGGUCAGAUUAAUAUCUUAGUCUCCCUCCUGGAACAUAUCCUCUAAUUACAGCAGCUUAUGCUGAACAUGCAGUUUCUGCUGGCACACGGGAGAAGUUUGGUUUCUGGAAUUUGUAUUUGGAAACAUCUGCAUAGUUUUGUUACCUAAAUGUAACCAAACUAUUUUUUAAGUUAGCAAAGUCUAAAUAUAAGUCAGCAGUUAACAAAGAUUUAUUAAAUCAAUGAGGCUUGGGACUCUCAAGCAAGCCCUACUUAUCCACCACAGCCUGCUCCCAGCACCAACUUAGUCAGUCAGUAUAUUACAGUUGUGGUCAGUUUACAUACAGUUUUUAAGUUUACAUAAACUCAUCAUGGGCAUAAAUGGUAACGGUAAAUGGCCUGUAUUUGUAUAGUGCUUUACUAGU